CUCACACUGCUUCAAAUUAUUCGAAGUCUCAAUACUCGAUAGCACCAGAAAUUCUCUUCAUCUUGCAACCAUGAGCUCUCAGGGAGGACGAGGCAAGCCCAAGGCCAAAUCCGUCUCCAGAUCUCAGAAGUCCGGCCUCCAGUUCCCCGUUGGCCGUGUCGCUCGCUUCCUCAAGAAAGGGCGUUACGCUGAGCGAGUCGGUUCCGGUUCCCCUGUCUAUCUCUCUGCCGUCCUUGAAUACCUCGCCGCUGAGGUUCUGGAGCUCGCUGGAAAUGCGGCGAGGGAUAACAAGAAGAACAGAAUCGUUCCGAGGCAUAUUCAGCUUGCAGUGAGGAACGAUGAGGAAUUGAGCAAGCUUUUGGGAGGAGUGACCAUUGCAAACGGAGGCGUUUUGCCUAAUAUUCACCAGAAUCUGCUCCCGAAGAAAGCCGGCAAAGGAAAGGGCGAGAUCGGCUCUGCAUCUCAGGAAUUUUAGGGAUUUAGUAGUUAAUUACAAGUUUUUGUUGAUAGAAUGCGAUGAAGUAUGGUCUCAGAUGUGUAAAUUUCCUCAUGGUAGAUGGAAUUUUCUAAAGAUUUCUGGACGUUGAAUUGAAAUAUAAUUUUAUUAUUAUG